CCGUAGUGAAAAGUGAGGAGACCAAGAUGCGCCAGGAGGACCUCAGCAGAUUGCUAUAUGAGGUACAGAUACUGAGAAGUCAGCAGGAGAACAUGGAGUGUCAAGUGCAGGACAUGAAGCAGCAAAAUGAAGUUCUUUGGCGGGAAGUUGUUUCUCUCCGACAGAACCACUCGCAGCAACAGAAAGUGAUCAACAAGCUGAUUCAGUUUCUGUUUGGCCAGCUCCAAUCAAGCCCUAGCAGCGCUGGGAUAAAGAGGAAGCUACCUCUGAUGCUUGACAACGGAAUUUCAGCUCCGCAAGUGCCCAAGUUCAGCCGACAUUUGUCUACGGACCCCCUCCAUGACCCCUAUUUCAUACAGUCGCCAUCGACAGAACCUGCCUCUUGCUUAAACAGCCCUGCAAUUGCUGGAGGACCCAUCAUAUCUGAUGUUACUGAAGCAUCACCAUCCAACAUAAUAAAUAUUCAGUCCCCUCCUGAAAAUGACAGAGAGAAGUGCCUCAUGCUGAUCAAGGAAGAGCCAGUCAGCCCUGGAGUGAAAGCCACCACUGAGCCUGAUGUCCCCCUGCCAGGCUGCCGGGCUUGCUCCGAGCCGCCGGUGCUCCCGGUCGCCAUGGUUCAGUCCGUUUUGGAAGGCAAAGGGAGCUGUGGUGCAGCCCCACCAGGGACCUCACAACCCUCCGAGAGAAGAGGCAGAAGGGCAUUGCUGGACAGAACAGAUAUUUCGGACCCGUUGGAGGGCACCGACUGGAGCCUGGAAGGGCUGCAGCUGCUGCUGAGGAGCCAGCAGUACGGCCUGGAGCCCGCCAGCCUCUUGGAUGUCUUUAAUCCCAAUUUAUCUUUGAGUGAGUGGAAUUUGACUGAAAUGGAAGCCAGUCUGUCCCCGAUGCAGCGACUCACAGCGGAUCUGGAGAAGAAUGCAACUGAGCUGCCCUCAAAAGUGUUCAACCCACCGUUUAACAACGCCUGCCCAGGGAAAUCUUGAAAGUGCCCAGCAGUUCCUUAUUGAUCGUCAGUCAAUCUUUGGAAAUGACCUCAUCAGCUUGCCUGAAAGUUCAUCGCUUUAUGUUCCAUCUGAAAAUAUGGCUUCCUACCUGUCCUCUGUGGGCGUCCAAGGAGAUACCCCGUUAAACCUGAGCUCUUCAACUGACAACAACCAGUGA